AUUGUGUUAGAACCAGUCCGCCGCAGAUUGAGUAGGAGGCAGUCCAUUGAGAAGUGAAAGCAGCUACAGUGGCUGUUGUAGUGUCUACCAUUCCAUCCGUCUGCUGCCACCUGGUCGGGGUCAGGCAGUUUGGCCAUUCGCUCCUCGUCGCUGCUGGAGCUGAUUCUCACUGAUUUAGCGGCUGUAGCAGGGCGAAGAAGCAUAAAACUAACUUGCUUUCCGGAUCGACAUAACUCGAUAAGUCAUUGACCUGCCGGAGCUACACCUGACCAGCUGCUGAUGCAUUCAGCAUCUAUGAGUACUGACGCAUAGAAUACAAUCAUAGUGAUUUGCAAAUCCUUGGAAGCCAUCAUAAUUAUGUCACUGGAAGACAGCAGUGUAACUGUGAACGAGAGAAGUAGUUUACUGGACUCGAAUGCCCGGCAUAGAUCUACCUCCCCUGAUGGCGAUGCGCUGCAGGAUGUCCUAAGGAGCAAUGAUCUAGAGCACAGUGCCAGUGACAGUGUGGGUACUGUGAAGGCUGGGAACACUGGCCUCAACCACAGUGUUACAGUCGAUGGGAGCAGCACCAGCAAUGAUCACACUACCACCUCCACCGAGUCCUCACAGCACUAUCGCACGUACAAAUCACGAUUUCUGGUGCUAUUCAUUUUCUCACUGGCCGUUAUGCAACAAGUGCAGAUCUGGGUCACGUUCGGAAUCAUAGCAAAACAAACCGAGGCCUACUAUGAUACAUCGUCUUCUGAAGUGGAUUUGCUGGCAGCAUGGGGCCCGAUCACGUUCAUCGUCGGCAUGCUCUUCUGUCCGUACCUACUGGAGCGGCGUGGCAUACGUGACACCAUGUUCAUUGCCGUGCUGCUGGAGGUGGUUGGCGCGGGUGUGCGUGUCUUUGCACCGCCGGGCCGUAGCAUGUUCGCCCUGGUCCACCUCGGCCAGAUCCUGAACGGCCUCGCUGGCCCGCUGAUUGCGGCACCCCCUGCCAAGCUUAGUGCCGUCUGGUUUCCGCCACAUCAACGCACCACCGCCACCACGAUCGGGGCCAUGGCGCCGUUUGCCGGCCUGGCAGUUGCGUUCCUCUUCAUCCCGUUCCUUGCAAAUAACUAUGGCAUGCAGACGAUGCUGUUGUGGCAGUUCAUUCUUACCGGUAUCAUAACGUUGGCCGUGGCAGUGUACUUUCCCGAGGCACCACCAACUCCACCGAGUGCAUCAUCCGAGGUACAAAGAGUCAGCCUGAAGAAUUGCUGGUCAAAGGUGAAGGGCAACCGCACGUUCUGGAUCCUGUCUAUUUGCGGUGGUGUGACAUCGGGCGUGUUCAGUGCCUGGGCGUCGAUUCUGUCAAUCAUUCUCAAUUCUUCGGACAACUUUACAGACUCUGCUAACAUUCACAUGUUCUUCCGCAGCACGUCCUGGAUUGGCUUUGCCAGCACUAUUCUGGGAGUCAUUGUCGCAUGUGUGGCUGGACCGUUUGCCGAUUUCUUCCCUGGUCAUCUCAAGCGUAUAAUCCUGAUAAUGUUUGGGUCGGCUGGUGUGCUGUACAUCUGGUUCUCGAUGGCUUUGGAAGGCUGGCUACACUUUGCCCCAGCCCUGCAGAGCACCAGGGCCAUCUUUGUCACAGCGGUUCUUGGCAGUACCUUUCUCAACGCGUCUGCUCCUCUUUUCUACGAGGCCUGCGUGGAAGCAACCUAUCCCGUACCGGAGAGUAUCAGUGUAAUGGUGCUGAUCGGCUUGAACAACUUCUCCUGUCUGGUGUUUCAGGCGGCCGGCAUGGCAGGUUUCUUUGACAAGUCUCACCCCGGCCGUGCCAAGGCAAUGAACUGGCUGAUGACGGGCAUGGUGGUUAUUUGCUGGUUUCUCUCUCUGUUCUACAAAGAAGAGUACCGAAGGAUGAAAGUAGACGCUAAGCAUGAUGAUGAUGACGCAACACCUCGCAGCAGACUGUCAGAGAACGACGGUACUGAUAACGACACAGAACACCGUGCUGUUGCUGCCUCCUCCUCUGAUCACUCUAUACAGUGACGUUUUGCCAUUUCAGGCCCUAAUCUUAGGGACUUCCCCGCUUUGCAUGGCAUGGUGAUGUAUAUGAUUAUAGCGAGGUACUCAUUAUAAUUAUUAUGUUGAUGUUGAGAAUCCAGGACCUGCAGGCGGGCCUGGUUCUGGUCAUUUAUUUUGAUUCUACCAAUUAUUUACUUGCCGCUCGCGAGUUUAUCUUAUGUUUCCUUCAUUGAUUCUUCAUCUGGAGUGCUGGCACGUGUUGACGGUUUCUGAAGCGUACACACACACACCGUUUGAUGAGAGAAUGACACUGGUCACUGGUGUGGUGCUGCCGUUCA